ACGCCAAGCCAUGCGUUCCCCGUCGCUGCUGCCGCUGCUCGCGCUCGCCGCCGCCGUCGCCGGCUCCGCCAUCCCCAUGUGGGAGUACCUCAACAGGGGCGAAAAGAUGAACCUGUUGUACAAUAUGCUGACGAUGAAAGUGAAAGAGUACUGCGAAACAACAAAAAUGCCAGACUGCAACACCAAAAUGCUCAUCCAUGGCUACAAGAAUUUAGCUAAAAUGGAAGACUCCAGUUUAAACAGAAUGGACCCAUACCAACGUGGAGCCUCGGAUCUCAUUUGGGGCACAAUGAUGAAGGGCGGAGUUGACAGCCACGGCGAAACGGCUUCGCAUCCAGCAGACUACCACUCAGAGCACAACGAAAGUGAUGAUGGAAACAUAGGUUCCCAAGGAGCUGCCUCAACUAAUGUUCAUCAGUAUCUGCCCACUGAAUCACAGGGAUACCUCAUGGGUCCAAUGGUCAUGAAACUGCUGCCUGAUGGGAAUCCAGUUCCAGGUGAGCAGCAGUUUCCCAUAGUGAGGGAUGAAGAUGCUGAGGAAAUGAAGCUCAUGCAGUAUCAGUACUCACCUCCACCAGAAGACAUACUGAAAAAAUCUUCAUAAUAAUUAGUCCAACAAUAAAAGUGAUUUCAUUGUUUUAUAAAAAGAGCUAGACAGUGAAGUCACAGUUCCACACAAAAGCCAGGACAGUGUUAUUUUAGUUUCACAGAAAACUGUAAUUAGUGAUGCAGCACUACUCUAAAAAUGAGCUGAGCUAUAAGAAACCUGUUACAAUAAAAGUUUUGGCAUUAUUACAUAAA